UCUCUCUCUGUCUCUCUGAGAGAUAAGGAAGAGCGUUUUCAGCACCUUGGAGAGCGCCCGAAACAACCAACAUGGCUCCGAUCACAGCAAGCAGAGAAGAAUUUGAUGAAAUUCCAACGGUGGUUGGGAUCUUCAGUGCCUUUGGGCUGGUCUUCACCGUCUCUCUUUUUGCUUGGAUCUGCUGCCAACGCAAAUCGUCCAAGUCCAAUAAGACCCCUCCGUACAAAUUUGUCCAUGUGCUGAAGGGGGUUGACAUUUAUCCUGAGAACCUCAACAGCAAGAAGAAGUUUGGUGCAGAUGACAAAAACGAAGUCAAAGGCAAGUUGGUGAUGCCAAAGAGCUCUCUUCACCUUGACCUGGAGAAACGUGACCUGAAUGGAAACUUCCCCAAAACAAUCCCUAAAAUCCCAAGUUCCUCUGAUCUUGAGAACUUUACUCCAAAGCUCUUUCCAGAAAGGGAGAAAGAUUCAGUAUCCCCUGAUAGCCUGAAGUCCAUAACUUCAGUAUCUUCUGAGGAGAAACAAGAUAAAUUAGGGACUCUGUUCUUCUCCAUUGAGUACAACUUUGAGAAGAAAGCGUUCAUGGUGAACAUCAAAGAAGCGUGCGGCUUGCCAGCCAUGGACGAGCAGUCAAUGACUUCUGAUCCGUACAUCAAAAUGACAAUACUCCCUGAGAAGAAACACAAGGUGAAAACGCGUGUGCUGAGGAAAACCUUAGAUCCUGCUUUUGAUGAAACCUUUACAUUCUAUGGGAUCCCGUAUACCCAAGUUCAAGAUCUAAGCCUUCACUUUAUGAUCCUGAGUUUUGACAGGUUUUCCCGAGAUGACAUCAUUGGAGAAGUCCUCUUUCCUCUCUCGGGGAUCGAACUAUCUGAAGGAAGAAUGCUGAUGAACAAGGAAAUCAUCAAAAAGAAUGUUAGGAAGUCUUCCGGGCGCGGCGAGUUGCUGAUUUCUCUCUGCUACCAGUCUACAACGAAUACUCUCACGGUGGUUGUUCUAAAAGCCAGGCACCUACCCAAAGCUGAUGUUUCAGGAUUAUCAGACCCCUAUGUCAAAGUGAACCUCUAUCACGCCAAGAAAAGGAUCUCCAAGAAGAAAACCCAUGUCAAGAAGUGUACCCCUAAUGCGGUGUUCAAUGAACUUUUUGUCUUUGACAUUCCUUGCGAAGGUCUUGAGGAGAUCAGCAUCGAGUUCUUGGUUUUGGAUUCAGAUAGGGGCUCCCGGAACGAAAUCGUUGGCCGCUUAACCUUGUGUGCCUCGGCAGAGGGAACGGCUGGAGAACACUGGAAGGAAAUCUGCGAGUACCCUAGGAGACAGAUUGCCAAAUGGCACGCGCUGUGUGACGGCUAACGGCCCCACACGAGGUUGGACCGAACUUCCAGACGAAAAUCUUAUAGGCAAGGAUCCGUUUUCUUUCUUUGCAAUGUGUAAUCACAGGCUUGUAACGAAAA